CCUCCCGCAGCGGGUUCUCAGCCCGGGCACGCAGGCACAGGUGUGCAGCAAUCCACUGCGGAGCCAGUGGGGUGCCGCAGGCUUCCACAGCCGGGUGGCAUUUUGACCAGCACUCCUAAGGGACAAGUGGGGACUCUUCGCCCUGCUGGGGCACAGGCCGCACUUCUGCGAGCCACCCUGUGUGCAGGGGGCUCUGGUGGCCCGAGGGCACUGCCUGAGCCUGGCGGUGGCCAGGACCUGGGGCUGCGGGGAUCUGGCCCUUUCCCAUGCUCCGUCCCUGCUCACGAGGCCGCCACCUGCUUUGUGGUUGGUGAAGACGCACCGCCCCACUCUCGUGCGUUUGGCUGCUGGAUACCGGCUCCCGGAGCUGCCGGCGGCACGGGCCGGGAGCACCCGCGAGGGGCCGCGGACGCCCGGGCCUCAGAGUCUAUUGAAGACUUGAACAAAUGGGUCCUGUUUCUUGUCUCUCCCUUCAUACUUGAGGCAGAACAUAUAGCAUUUGUGACAGAGAGCAUCUGGGCACAAGGUGACAGUUUCCAGAAGCCAUCGUCUUCAGAAACAGUUGUAAGAUGGUCUGACUGCUGUGUGCCGUUAGCCUGCCGGCCCGGGGAUCCCUACCAAUUGAUUGCCAGAGCGAGCUUGGACAACUUCAGCAAGCUGGGGGCGGCGUUUAUGGAGGAGAGGCUCCAGAUGGAUAAUGGCCUGAUAGCCCAGAAGAUUGUUUCAGUUCAUUUAAAGGACCCGGCUCUGAAGGAAGUCAACGGGGCCUCCACCAAGCAAGUCCAAGCCCGGCCCCUGAGCCCAGAACCUUCCCUUGAGGCCGAGCCCGUGCAGGGCAUCAUGGAGCAUUGUGGCCAGGGUGACUCCAGGGCUGCUGGAGGCUCUUGCCUACUCAAGAGAGGUGGCGCCUCCGGAGGUGCGCCGCCUGCAGGGGGCGAGCCCGGGCAGAGCUCAGCAGAGUGUCAUCAGCUUCACCUGUCCAGCUGCCACGAGUGCCUGGAACUUGAGAACAGCACCAUCGAGUCGGUGAGGUUUGCAUCGGCAGAGAACAUUCCAGACCUCCCCUGUGAUGACAGCAGCCCUGUGGACGGCGCCACCAGUGAACUCUGCUCUGAACAGGAACGGAGGAGAGGCAACAUUUUGGGAAAGGCGCCCAACGUCCUGCUGUACGUGGGCUCCAGUUCCGAGGAAGCCCCUGGCCGGCUCCAGCAGGUGCGGUCUGUCCUGACUGACUGUGUGGACACUGACAGCUAUGCUCUCUACCACCUGUCGGAAGACAGUGCUCUCAGGGACCCGUGGCCCGACAACUGCCUGCUGUUGGUUAUUGCCACCAGGGAACCUAUCCCCAAAGACGUACACCAGAAGUUCAUGGCCUAUCUUUCUCAGGGAGGGAAGGUGCUGGGCCUGUCUUCCUCCUUCACGUGUGGUGGCUUUCAGGUGACAAGCAGGGACACACUGCGGAACACAGCCCAGAACUUGGUUUUCUCAAAGGCCGAUGGGAGUGAGGUACGGCUUAGUGUCCUGAGCAGCGGCUGUGUUUAUGAGCAAGGCCUCAGUCCCGGCAAACUCCAGGGCCACCUAGAGAACCCAGACAAGGACAAGAUGAUUGUGCACGUGCCUUUUGGAAGCCUCGGAGGAGAGGCCGUUCUCUGCCAGGUGCACCUGGAACUCCCUCCAAGUGCCUCCGUGGUGCAAACCCAAGAAGACUUUAACGUGCUUAAAUCCAGCAACAUGAGAAGGCACGAGGUCCUUAAGGAGAUCCUGACGACCCUCGGCCUAAGCUGUGAUGUGCGACAAGUUCCCGCCUUAACACCUCUGUACUUGCUGCUGGCUGCUGAGGAAAUCCAGGAUCCGUUUAUGCAGUGGCUUGGGAGGCAUGUGGAUCCUGAAGGAGUCAUAAAAUCCAGCAAGCUCUCCCUUAAGUUCAUUUCCUCUUACACGUCUGAAAUGGAGAUCACCCCAUCUUCUAUUCCUGUGGUUACCGACCCCGAAACCUUCUCGUCAGAGCACUUUAACUUAGAGACAUAUCGGCGAAACCUGCAGACCUCGCAGCUCGGAAAAGUAAUUCUGUUUGCAGAAGUGACCUCUACGACCAUGAAUCUCUUGGAUGGGUUGAUGUUUGAGAUACCACAGGAAAUGGGCUUAAUCGCUGUUGCUGUUCGGCAGACCCAGGGCAAAGGAAGGGGCCCGAACGCCUGGCUGAGCCCCGUGGGCUGUGCCCUCUUCACUCUGCUGGUCUCCAUUCCCCUGAGGUCGCAGCUGGGACAGAGGAUCCCAUUUGUGCAGCAUUUGAUGUCCCUGGCCGUCGUGGAGGCGGUGCGGUCCAUCCCAGAGUAUGAGGACAUCAACUUGCGAGUGAAGUGGCCCAACGAUAUUUAUUACGGUGACCUCAUGAAGAUUGGUGGAGUUCUGGUUAAUUCCACUCUCAUGGGAGAAAUGUUCUACAUCCUCAUUGGCUGUGGAUUCAAUGUGACUAACAGCAACCCUACCAUAUGCAUCAACGACCUCAUCGCAGAGCACAAUAAGCAGCACGAGGCAGCCCUGAAGCCCUUGCGGGCCGAUCAUCUCAUCGCCAGGGCAGUAACUGUGCUGGAGAAGCUGAUUGACACGUUUCAGGACCGAGGGCCCAAUGGUGUCCUCCCUCUCUACUACAAAUACUGGGUGCACAGUGGCCAGCAAGUCCGCCUGGGCAGCACCGAGGGGCCACAGGUGUCCAUUGUGGGCCUUGACGACUCCGGGUUCCUGCAGGUGCAUCAGAAGGGGGGUGCAGUUGUGACGGUGCAUCCAGAUGGCAACUCCUUUGACAUGCUGAGAAACCUCAUCCUGCCCAAACGACAGUAGACAGGAGCGCGUGUCCCCAGACAGCUUGGAUCCGCCCUGCUGCAGCCGCAAGCCACAGCAGCUUCCUGGGAGCUCCGAACAAGCACGCCCGCUUGCACGGCUGUCGUCUUUGCCUGCCUGGGGCCUGGGAAAUUAACGUAGCGUUGUGGGCCAGUGUCCUCUCCAAGUCACUGUUUGUUAGCUCUUCAGGUUAUCAGGUCCCUGCCCCCGCCUCCACCCCCCACCCCCCACCCCCGUUUGGGUUUUUGUUUUGUCUUUUUAUGUCUGUGGUUGUAUUGGGUGUUUGAGGAUGCAUCUGGUGAGGGUUGGCAGGUGAAGAUUCCGUUUAGCGUAGGAGUUUAGUUUGCCUUGCACGGUGUCACCGUGCUCUUCUCCACACGGGCUCAGCUCUGGGUUUACUAGGAGGGGCAAUGAGCUCAGGAGAAUGCUGAGGUAGCGGUCACUGCUUGUGAGCCUCCAGAGCGCUCUCCAGGAACAUGUGUUCUCCAGGAACAUACAGUCAAGCCUACGCACUGCGUUGUUUUCUGCUUCGUUUCUGGGCAUUUGUUGUUGACUUCCCCAAUCAAGGUGGGCUGCCUGAAGUCACUCUGCUGCGGUAGUCCGGUAACACUGGACUGAAGAGUGGCUACAGGGGUGCGGUGCCGCCAGCCUGCGUGGUUGCCAUGGCCUCAGGGAGGGAGUAAGUUUCUUACUUUGCCCUUGUGCAAAGAGAUAUUGACAGUAAAGUCUGGAGGGGUGUGUGCGUGCGUGCGUGCGUGCGUGUGUGUGUGUGUGUGUGUGUGUGUGUAUGCGUGCGUGUGCACGCGUGUGUGCAUGCAUGUGCCCGAGCGCUCGUGUAUGACUUUAAAAGAUGUUCAAAAUCGGACGUGCUAAAAGUCUCCAUGGAAGAACAAAGCAAAGGAAGCCUUUCUAGGUUGGUUUCCAGAUGUGCGGGUGCCUUCCCAUGGACCUCCCGUCUCUGUGGAGUUUGUGAAUCAUACCCGCUACUUCCCAGCCUUAAAGAACCAAUUCCCGUCGGCUCUCCCACUUCCUGCCAUUCGCCCUGCAGUUGGUGGAAAGGAAACAGAACGGAAUGCUUAGCUUUGAACAAGAUCCCCUCAUCGUAAAACCAGUGCCAUCUUUAUGCAGGUCUUAUAUGGUCAGGCUGAACUCCAGAAACAUGAGGUUUUCAGUAUGAAGAUCCAUCUACCUUCAGCGUAGCACAGACAACCCCACUUGAAGAAAAAAAAAAAAAACACUGGUAAACUCCACCAACCUCACCUAUGUUUCAGGGCAUGUAACUUUAAAAGAACUUAAAAAGAAGUAACUUUUUUUUUUUUGCAAAUAAGACUUCAUAUAUAUCUUUCCUAAAUUUUGUUCCGGUCUUUUUUUUUUUAAUUCAUACGAGUUUAAAUAAAACUCUACACCACCCCAAAAUCACAAAGUGGACAGCCCCUUGAGAGGGCGUCUGUAAAAUGUCAUCAAGGACGGAGAUCUCCAGGCUGAUGUUGCAGGUUUCAUUUCCCAGACUUUGUAAUCUAAGGCUCGUUGUCUCCCAGGACUACCAUCAUUACAUUUAAAUUUCUUUGGGGGAUUAUUUAAUGAAAAACAUGCUGUUUUAUUUUAAACUGAAAGUCUAUUCUGGGUAGUUGUACUUUGGGAAAAAAAUGUUAUCAUUUAAUUUCCUUUCUGUAAGUUAAAACUAAUGAAGUGUGGUCCUGCCAGAGCAGACAGAGGAACGUUCUAGACGCGGCGGUCAGCCUCAGAGUGGUCACGAUAGUUGCAGCGUUUAGGGGUACUCUCGAUUAUGCAAAUAUGACACCCACUUGUCUUGAGAGACACAAAGUAGCCUUGAAGCAGAUGUUUCCCAUUAACCUGGCUUUGUCUCGCUUGAACCAAAGACUUCAAAUCCCCCCCGCAUGGUAGAGAGUGAUCUAGGGGUAUAGGUGGGGAGGCCGCCUCUCACCUGCUCAUGGGAGGGUGUUUACAGAUUCUGCAGUCUGAGGUCUCAAGGAGCCUCGCCGUCUUGAGGGAACUUUGCGGUCUCCUAACCUUGAGACAUGGCCACCUAACUCAGAAUCGGCCUGUGCGUUAGAACAGGCUACUCCUGGUGCAGAGCUGCCCACUUACCACCAAACCCCCACCCCCAAACCCCCCCACCCCCAACCUUUUUGGAAGACACACACAGCCAAAACUGGGUUUCACGUGACCGAGCUAAAGCAAUGGGGAGCUCUGACAGGGAGAGCUGGAAGGGGCAGACAUGGGACAUUAGGUGACCAAAUGUGGAAGCAGUGUCCUGUCUUCGGCUCGGUCAGAUACACGCCCAGAAGGGACCACAGACUCUGGGUCGGGGGGGUUCCCCUCCACCUAGCACACAGUGUGGUAGUACCCUGGCCUCUCUCACCCAGCACCUCCAGAACGCAAGAGGGGAACCUGAGGGGCUUUGCUUUCCUCAAGCCAGGAAAGCAGAGCCUGACUCAUCCCUAUGCAUCUUUGAAAUAAACAAAAAUGUAAAUCUUUGCUAUUUCACUUUUUAGCUUUUCAAAGAACCAUCUCUGAAAAGAAGUACUGUAAACCGAUGCCUAUAAAGCAAAAGUCUACCAAAAUAAACUUUUCAGGUCUCA